AUGGUUGUAGUCGCGAGUUGUUUUCACAGAGAAGAUGUGAAUGAUGAUAGAGUCAAGGAGCUGAUGGAGUUGAUAAGGACUAAGCAUGACUUCAGUGACCAUGUUUGGGCUUUCGAAGAAACUGCAGAGGUUUCUCUGGAUCUGGAUGAUGAAGCAGCUGUGAAUGCUGGAGCAGAAGAGAGUGAUGAAGACUUUCACACUCCAAAUGGAUCAACUAGUGUAGGCGUUUCAUCAAAAAAGAGUAAGAAGAGGCUCCCAGAUCGUGGUAUGGAAAAAAGGAAACAUAAGGUUCUCUCUACUGAACCUAAGCAACCGGUUCUUAGUGAUGACAUGAAGGCUUGGUCCGAGCUGAAAGGAUCGCGCAAGGAUGCUAGAGUUGAGCUCAAAGAUUCUGGGAACGAUGGACAGCCUACACCGACGAAGCCAUCGAUGAGCCAGCCAGAGUUGAGGAGUCCAGCCGAUGGGAAUUUCAGUGAAGCAGAUGAUAUCUUCCGAGAGAUGGGUACGCAAGGCGUUGAAAGGCUGUCUCAGCCCUCGUAUGUGCAGCGUUUUGAUCCAUCUCAGACCUCUAAGGAAGAUGACUGGUGGACUCCGAUGACUUCAGUCAGAGGUUCAAAAGCUAAACGAAGCAAAGGUAGUACAGCUCCACCUCCGUCACAAUGGAAGAAAUGGAAAGGCAAAGGCAGUACACCCCAGCUUCUCGAUAACCCAUUGCCCGACAGUUCUCCGCAGUCGUCACUUUGUUAUUUGUCCGAAGAAUCAUGGACAGGAUUCAUGGAAUGGUGUAUGAACCCAAUAGCUGUAAAGAUUGGUCCUUCAUUCUUCAAUUUGGCUGUAGCUACAAGGAUAAUAUGUUCUCCAGAAUGGCUUGGGAAUGAGGAAAUGGAUUCGAUUAUGUUUAUAUGGCGAGUGAACACAUCUUUCAAGCGUUGGACCCCAACCCGUGUUGCUUUCAUGCCCUCCAUCUUCUGCCUCCAAAUGGACACUGAAUUCAACAAAGGAAAGCUUCCAGCUCAUGGGCGGACUGAUCAAGUCUGGGGUGUCGAUAUUGAUCGUCUCUAUUUUCCUCAGUUUGUAAAUGGUAAUCACUGGAUUGCUGUCUGCAUCAACAUCAUUGAGAGAAAAGUGGAAAACUUUGAUUGCAAUAGAGUAAGGAAUAGACAAUACGUUGAGAAGUUUGCGGCUUUGAUUCCGCGGAUAGUGAAGGCCGUUGCACCACCUGAAAGCAAGAAGCAGCUACUCGUAUCACCAUAUUCUAUAGUAGAUGUACCGAUGAAGGCGAGGUUGAACAAAAGUUAUGCUGAUUGCGGAGCAUACGCACUCAAACACUUGCAAGGCCAUCUCCUUGGUCUCGACCUCGGCAUAGUAGAUGACGAAAUCAUCCAGGGCUGCAGACAGAAGAUUGCUGUGGACUUAUGGGAAGCUUCACACGAUCCCAUCUUAGCUCAGGUUAUGACUCAAUAUGUGCCUUCACCAUGGGAUAAGCCUGGUGUCUUUGACCUGUCAGAAGAUGACUGA